CGACCUCCCACAUUCCCCUCCUCUUCGUCUUCUUCCUCUUGCCCCCUCCUCGAAACCCUAAUCCAGACCUUCUAAGCUUGCUCGGUAACUCGUUCGUCGACUCAGUACUCUCGCUCUCGCAACCGAGUUCGUUUUCAACUCGACUCACUCACACGAUGACGAAACGGCCAGUCGUUGCGGUCGUGGCGUCGCUGCUUCUCUUCGGAGUCGUGGCUGCAGUCGUGCUGGUGCUCGCGCUUGGAUUUGACGGAGCUGGAAAUUUGAAGUCUGAAUUGUCUGAAGCUGGGAACUCCACACUCACCGCAAUCCAUCGCAAGCUGCUUAUUCGUGCGACAGCAAUGGAGGAACCAAACAGGAUUCGGGGAGACAAGUGCAGCAGGGCAGACGUAGUGAUAAACCAGGGCCCCACAUCCCCGCUGCCAAGUGGCAUCCCCACAUACACCGUCGAGAUCAUGAACACGUGCGCCACCGGCUGCGACAUCUUCCACAUCCACGUCGCCUGCGGCUGGUUCAGCUCCGCCCGCCUCGUCAACCCCAAGAUCUUCAAGCGCCUCCGCUACAACGACUGCCUGGUCAACGACGGCAAGCCCCUUGUCAGCGGCGGUACGGUGUCGUUUCAGUACGCCAACACUUUCAGCUACAAGCUCUCGGUCUCCUCGGUCACGUGCCGUUAAAUAUGGUAGUAAUAAAACAAUCAGUCGCCUAAUUACAAUAGUUAACACAAGAAAAAGACAGAAAUAUAUUAAAGCACCCAAGGCAGGAUUAAGUAUCUGGUAUCUAAAUACCCAAUUUGCCCUUUCUCUGCUUUUGCUUUAUAUCGUGGAUUAGAGUGGCAAAAGCUGAGAUUUCUGAAGAUGGAUAUGGGUAAAAAUGUCACGGCGGUGUCACGGACGGAAGGAGAAUAUUUGGGGUUUAUUUUGUAUAUAGUAAGAAUAGUAGUAUAGUGGCAGAAAUAUGUGAUGGGAAAAUUGAAAGUUGUGUGUUGAUAUUGGAGGAGGAAUGUUUCUGAAGAAUAUAUUGUUUGGCAAACGAGAUUUUAUUGCUGAUGCUUUUGAAUCUUUGCUUUCUGAUUGGUUUGUCU